AUGAGUGGCCUCAAGGCAAGUGGUAGCACUGCCGGAGAAGCCUUGAUUCGGGCUCAACAGAAGGACCCAGCAAAUGGGGCGAAGCCUUCGAAAAAAAAGCAGCAAUCGCCAUUCAAAAGCAUUAAGAACACAUUGCUGCUACGAUCACACAAACACAAGAAAUCCGGAGCAAACGCAGAGUUAGUAAGUUUGAAUCCUCCCAAGCUGCGAAGAGAUAUAGUAGGAAAGAGCGCGAGCCGUGAGAAAGCGGACCAGAAAUGCCAGCAGAGGUUUUCGGCUCAGAGAGUCACACUUUUCAAAUAUGAACAUGUUAAGGUGAUGAACUGCAACGCAAGUUCCCAGAGGAGUAAUUCCGAUUCUUCAGCGUCUACUGUGACAUCGCAAUCAACUGUACUGCGACGUUCCAGCUCGCGAGAUAAUCCGUCCUCUGGAUCCUUUAAGAGAGAAACUUGCCUCAUGUCCAAUGGUGUGCUUGAGAUUUACCAAAUAAUAACCUACAAUGUGAAGUCACCUCCACAAAAAAUGACAUACCUGUGCUUAGGGCGCAAGGGCAACAUCAUUCAUCCAAUUCUUCCAAGGCUGCAAGUAACAAGGUUAGAUUCCCCAGAAUUCAAAAUUUCAAUAUUGCUCUUCAACCCAGAGAGGUUUUGGGAAAUCGAGUUUUUGCCAUCCGGGGAGCUUGCUAAACUAAACGAUCAAAUCAUUUUUGAAUUCGAGGGCAUAAUUAGCACAAUCUGUUCUUAUAAGUCAGAAAAGAGUUUGGCUUUGGACGAAGCUCUACCGCCCCAGCAAACUCCAGGUACCCCCGAUAGCAAUGAAAGUGACUUAGAAUACUUGUUGGAAGACUCAGAUGAGUCUUUUGACGAAAACGUAUCAAUAACGGGGUCGACAUGUAAUAAGGACGAUCUUAUCCAUGACGCUUUCCAGAAAGCUAUGAAAAAUAUCGCAUACCUAGAUGCCUCUGAAAAAGGGCGCGGCAUCGAAAACAAAAGAUUCAGUUCUUACCCAACCUCUUCAAUUCCCUCUAGACUGCAAUAUAGGUCACCCAUAGUCCGGUCAACUUCGUUUCCUUUGAGACUUCAUUCGAAUAAUAAUGAUAUCGUCAACUUUAAUAUCCUUCGUGGAAGCUGGAUGGACAUCAGUCUCGAUGACUUAAGGGAUAAAUAG